UACAGGUCUAAAAGUUCCGUGUGUUUUUCAGAGAUCCACUUUAAUUUCAACUUACAAAAAUGGUGUCAUGUGUAAAGAAUUUAUUGGUGCUCACCAUUCUGGCUGCUUUGGCCUGCACGGGGUAUGCCAUCCAUUGCUAUCAGUGCGAAUCUCUGAGCAACCCCAAAUGUGGGGAGAAAUUUGAGGCCGAUUCGAGUUUUUUGCUGGACUGCUCCCGCGUAGCCCCUCCACGUUUUAUUCUCAACAUCGUGGGACGCAAUGCCACAGGCUGCAUGAAGAAGACCAUCGAUGGCAUACCCGGACAUCCGCAAAUCCUGCGCUCCUGCUUCUUUGGCGAUGUCAGAAACACACAGUCGGGCUGUGAGAACGAUCCCACCAUGCCCAACAUCAAGCAGCUGAGCUGCGAUGUGUGCAACAAGGACGGGUGCAAUGGUUCCGCCUCCUUGGCACCCAUUGCUGGAGCCAUCGUCCUCUUUUUCGGAGUAGCUCGUCUCUUGGCUUAAAUUGCUGAUGAAAUGAAAGCUGUCAGCUUCUGCUUUUGUAUUAAUAACUUCAGCAUUCUACAAAUGUCUUGCAUAUCAUUAAAUUAAAUAAACAUUUCCAAGUUAUUAAGCCGCAA